AUGUCGUCAUCCGGCGUUUUAGCAAUCAACCCACUUUCCGAUACACUGAUUCUCCCUCCGAGGCCUUUAUGUAGCGAAGACCCCAUCGUUGUUCAUUUGGCUAUGUCUGGUUCAGUCGUUCCAAUUAGGGUUUUGGGGUCAGAUUCAAUCCAGUCUGUGAAGCUUCGAAUUCAAAGCUACAAAGGCUUCGUUGUAAAGAAUCAGAAGCUAGUUUGUGGUGGCAGAGAGUUAGCAAGACCCGAUUCUUCAGUCAAAGACUAUGGCGUUUCAGAUGGAAACGUGAUCCAUUUAGUUGUCAAGCUUUCAGAUCUUCAAACAAUCAAUGUCAAAACCUGUUCAGGUAAAGAGUUCACAUUUCAUGUCGAUAGAAACCGUAAUGUUGGUUUUGUGAAAAAACAACUCGCGAAGAAAAAGAAAGGAUUAAUCGAUAUCAACGAAGAAGACAUCAUGUGUGAAGGCGAGCAGCUUGAAGAUGAGAGACUUAUACAUGACAUCAGCAAGCAUAACAACGAUGGUGUGAUUCAUCUGUUUGUUAAAAAGGUUGCAAAGAUUCGUGUCACACCUAGAGAGAAGAAUUUUGAGCUGGCCAUCGAUGCACCACAGGUGAAUGAUUCAAGAAAGUUUGAUUCUUCUAACAUACAACGUAAAAAUGGUGGUGACAUAGUUUCUAGAGAGAAUAGAGAUUUUUGGUUGGAUCCAGUGAUCGUUAACCCAAAAGCUGAACUCCCUUGUGUUGUUUUUGACUUAGUCAACUCUACUUAUCAAGGUUUAGUAAAAGGGAAUUACCCAAAAAGGUCAAGCGAAGGUACAGGUGGUGCUUACUUCAUGAUGAAUGGAUCAGGGACUAAAUACAUAUCUGUAUUCAAACCGAUUGAUGAGGAGCCAAUGGCUGUAAAUAACCCUAGAGGACUACCUUUAUCUGUCAAUGGUGAAGGCUUAAAAAAAGGGACAACAGUUGGUGAAGGUGCAUUACGUGAAGUUGCCGCCUAUCUUUUAGACCACCCAAAAAGCGGCCGGAGAUCGUUUUCCGGCGAACACAAAGGAUUUUCCGGCGUCCCACCGACUUUAUUAGCCAGAUGUAUGCACGCAGGGUUUAAUCAUCCAGAUGGUGUGAAGGAGAAGAUUGGGUCUUUACAGAUGUUCAUGGAGAAUUCUGGAAGCUGUGAGGAUAUGGGCCCCGGUGCUUUUCCUGUUGAAGAGGUUCAUAAGAUCUCAGUGUUGGAUAUCAGGAUGGCUAAUGCUGAUAGACAUGCUGGGAAUAUUCUCGUCACCAAAGGAGAAGAUGGACACUUUGUUUUGAUUCCAAUUGAUCAUGGUUACUGUUUGCCUCACAGUUUUGAAGAUUGCACGUUUGAUUGGCUAUACUGGCCACAAGCUCGCAAGCCGUUCAGUUGUGAAACUAUUGACUACAUAAACUCGUUAGAUGCUGAAGAAGAUAUUGCUUUGCUUAACUUUUACGGAUGGAAUUUACCAUUGGAAUGUGCUCAAACGCUUCGGAUUUCCACCAUGCUUUUGAAGAAAGGUGUUGAGAGAGGUUUGACUCCGUUUGCGAUUGGGAGCAUAAUGUGUAGGGGGAAUCUGAAUAAGAAAUCUGUGAUUGAGGAGAUUGUUGAAGAAGCAGAUGAUUGUGUUCUUCCUGAGUCGAGUGAAGCUGCGUUCAUGGAGACUGUUUCUGAGAUUAUGGAUCGUCGUUUGGGUGUUAAGUAAAUAUGGUGGUGUUGGUGUUGGUGUUGG